GGACCAAGGGUUAUUUGCUGAUGAUAUUCACUUUUUUUAUUUAAAUUUUCUGCUAAUAUUGUGUUUAUACUGCCUGUCUCUUACCCAGAUGUAGCACUUGUCACCUCUUUAAGGGAUGGAAUGAAUCUUGUAAGUUACGAAUUUGUGGCUUGCCAAGAUAAAAAGAAAGGGGUUCUCAUUCUCAGCGAAUUUGCUGGUGCUGCACAGUCACUUGGCGCUGGGGCAAUUCUGGUCAACCCUUGGAACAUCACGGAAGUUGCUGCUGCAAUUGCCAAGGCUCUGAAUAUGAAAUCAAAAGAACGAGAGAAGAGACAUAAGCAUAACUUUAAACAUGUAACAACCCACACUGCUCAGGAAUGGGCAGAAACUUUUGUGAGGUAUAAAUGUAGAUAGAGUAUUCACGAUAUCUAUCUGGUCUUAUAAAUCAGAACUUUGUGAUUUCCAAUGAGGGUGGUGGAGAGCACAAUCAACCAAAAUAAAGAAAGAUUGUCAAUUAGUAUAAUCAUACAAAGGAUAAGGA